GCAGCUGAUUUGUUAUUUUCAAACGAAAAAGAGAGUACAGAAACGAACAGUACAGUCCCCCGUCCGCUCUCUUGCGGAAGCUGCAGCAACACUUUCCGCUUUGCUUACAUGGCCGCUCCCCGCCCCACAGAUUAUAACCUCCCCUCUCGCCUCUCGGCUUAUUCUUUCUUCUCCUUACCACCGCCGUCCACAGUCCAGAACGGAAACACAAUCUAGAGAUUAGAGCACAGUACGAAAGGGUUCGCCUCUAAUUCUGAAUCUUGAAUUGAUGUUGCUUUUCGCCGUCGCAAUGCCGGGCCCGGCGUGGACGGCCGCCGUCAACAGCAGGAGAACCACCACCACUACCCAUUUUCGUCCUCGUUUCUCCGUCUCCUCGGUGGCGGACGGUUUGGGUUUCCCUUCUUUUCUGCCGAAAGAAGUUGAGGGUAUCAAAGACCCAUAUGCGCGGAAGCUCGCUUCCAGAAUCCAGCGGCUCCCCGUUACUGUUGGGUCUUCGAGGGAUUGUAUAAUGAGCAGUUGUGUGAUGCCAUUGUCGUCGACUCAGAGCAGGGCUACUACUAGCCCGAUGGUUCUCCUCCAUGGAUUUGACAGUUCAUGCUUAGAAUGGAGAUACGCAUUGCCACAGCUUGAGGAAGCUGGAUUGGAGGCUUGGGCUGUUGAUGUUCUUGGUUGGGGUUUCUCAGAUUUAGAAAAACUUCCACCAUGUAAUGUUCAAACAAAGAGGGAACAUCUGUAUCAGCUUUGGAAGACCUACAUUAGAAGGCCUAUCAUUUUGGUCGGGCCAAGCCUCGGUGCUGCCAUUGCGAUUGACUUUGCUGUCCAGUAUCCUGAAGCUGUGGAAAAGUUGGUUUUGAUUGAUGCAAGUGUGUAUGCUGAAGGGACAGGCGGCAUGGCGACACUACCCAGGACAGUAGCAUAUGCAGGGGUGUAUCUAUUGAAGAGUGCGCUGCUCCGUUUGUUUUUCAAUGCCCUCACCUUUGACUGGUUACCGUUGAGUACUAGCAUAGAUUGGAUGAAUAUCGGGCGUUUGCAUUGCACGUAUCACUGGUGGGCUGAUGCAACUGUGAACUUCAUGAGAAGUGGUGGCUAUGAUGUCGCCCGUCUUAUACCAAAGAUCAAUCAGAAGACACUGAUCAUUUGGGGGGAAGAUGAUAAGAUCAUCAGCAGCAAAUUAGGAGUGAGAUUACACUGUGAGCUACCAAAUGCAAUCAUACGACAAAUACCGAAUUGCGGCCACAUCCCUCACGUGGAGAAACCCAGCUCUGUUGUCAAACUGAUCAAGGAGUUUGUCCAGGACCAGGAAGAUCGUUCUAGAAAGGAGGAUCAGCUUGUUGGCACUCCAGUGACUGGCUUUGGUUGAUCUGCUGCAUAACGGAAUCUAGGAGCUUAAACUUGGUAGGAAAGUUGAUAUGUGAUAAUAAGUGCUGGUUGGUCUGCUUUAUUUUUGGGUAGAAUGCUGGUUGGUCUGCUCGUAAUGGAAUUGAAAGUAUCAGUAAUGAUAUAUUAGAAGAAGCCUUUCAAGCUUUGAUUAGUUGCCAAUUCGCUUUCAUUACCUUCUCCCUUUUCAAGUAAGCUACGAACGAUAAGAACAACAAAAUUCGGUUGACACUUAAGUAUUGCAAUAGUUGCACGUGCACCACUAAAAAUAAUUUUUUGCAACUAAAGUAUAUAUGUCGUAUUUCGGUUGCAACGUCACAACUUCUGUCCACAGAUCUAACUGUAGGUGCCUAGAUGGUAAUUUAUCGCAAACGAAAUCUAGAAUUAAUGGAGGAAUGAAGGAAUUGCAUUUGCAUGAGUCUGAUUCAAUUACUUGGAAGUUGGAACGAUGGAAGUUGUGAUGAUUUUGUUCUCCUUUCUUCUCACGGAUCGACUUGCUAAAUCAGACUCCUUUCUUCUCACCAUUGUCUUGCUAAAUUGGUUUCUUUUUUAUAUACUAGCAUAGUGCCUAGCCUGUUAGCCAGGUGUUUGAUUAUUAUGUAUUUUGUAUGUGUUGCUAGUACUUAUAAUGGAGGUAAAUACUAAAUACCAAAGAUAUGCAACUAUUAGUGAUAUACAUGUUCACAAAGAAAACAUUUAUGAUCUAUUUUUAUAUAUAGUCCAAAAUAUUUUUCAGUAUUUAUCAUAUUUGUUGAUCACGACACAUGUUAUAGAUAUGAAAUUCUAUGAUUUGAAAGGGCACGAUGUAGAUGGAUAGUCACAAAUGAAGACCUUAAAUUUUUUAUUUAUUUACAAAAGAUAAUCUUAUAUUGAUUAAAAAAGAGAUCAAACAUAUUACACACUCGUAUAUAACCAGGAAAAGAAAUCAAAAUAACGACACGUAGCCAAAGAAAGGGUUUUUCUAGCCACCACGUGUAGGGGUGUUCAAACGGUUUGGUUACCAUGGUAACCGUUUUAACCGGUACUAUUUGGAUAAUUUGGUUUGGUUAAUUGGUUUGGUUUGGUUUGGUUAAAGUUUUUAGAUUGUUUGGUUUCAGACACUCCUAACCAGUCAAACCAAAUUAACCAGUUAAAUAAUUAGUCAUAUAUCUAACAUAUAUUAUAUACACAUACUUAAUACUUUGCAUAACCACUCAAGAGUUAACGUUCAUCCCUUUUAGACUCAUAAAAUAUAAAGCUCAAUAUUGCUCAUAUAAUGUAUAUUUGUAUAUGUAAAAUGUAUACCACAACAUAUGGACGCCUAAUUUAGAUAAAUUUCAUACAUUAUGAUGGAUGAAAACUUGAAAGGAAGGUCAUUUCCAGCCUAUGAUAAUUGCUAAGAGACUAAGUCAAUUUACACAAACACAACAAUUCAUUAACCCAUACCAUUGUCAUAAAUUUUUGCUAGGUGAAUACUUCUAUACUAAUCGUAAGAUAAUUGUCUUAGUUGCAUGUAUUUUUGUUAAGGGUCAACUAUAACUACGUGUUGAUUGUUAUGUUUUAUUCAUUAUAUAAAUUGCGAAUUGUUGCAUUAACCAGAAAAUUUUCAUUGCCAGUGAUAAUGUGAUUUUAUAUUGGUUAAUCUGGUUAACCAAUUAACCAAACCGAUUAAACUUUAGUUUGGUUAAUUUGGUUGUUGUAUUAGUUUGGACGGUUUGGUUAUGAUAUUGUAUUAUAUGGUUAAUGGAAUAUGGCCUUAUUUGGUUUGGUUAUAACCAUGGUAACCAUUUAAACACCCCUAACCACGUGGACUACCCUAUUGCUAUUCCAACCUACAAAUCGCACAAUAAAACCAUUCUGAUUUGCCACCAAACAAAGAACUUUCUCAAGAAUCGCUGCAAAGUGAUUAUAUUAUGUAUCAAGCUGGUUGGCCUAAAUUACUAUUUCAAAAUUUGAUAUUUUGCCUCAUUUCCUAAUUCACUUAAUCAACACAAAAGAUUAGG